GAAGGGUGGGGUGAAGACACAACAGAAUGGCUUCUAAAGAGGAGCCUCUUCUCCGGUGCCGGUUUUAUCUGUUGCGUAUAAAGGACCGACGCAUCGGGAGUUGAUGUUCUAAUUAGAUCGCGGCAGAGCGGCCGGGUCCCCGGCUGUUGUCGGCUGCAUCUGGCGGCUCCACGCCACAUUGCCUAACAUGUCGGGCGCACUCAACCCGUCAAACGGUGUCAAUCGCUUUCACGCUAGCCCGGCCACGGCGGCGGCUCCUUUUGGCACACCUGAGUGCGGCUCAGCGGCAGCUUUCCUAGAGCUCACGAACUCCGCCGCCGCAGCAGCGGUCGCCGCUGACUUCGCCUACGACUUUGGACUUGCUGCGGGAUUUCGGCACCACCACCCGCCGCCACCGGCCCACUCAACCGCGGCGGGCUUCGGUUACUUUGGCUCGGACGCAGCAGCUGCAGCCGCGGCCGCAGCAGAGAGCUACGCUUCGCUUGCCUGGGAGGCCCAAAGUGCCGCGGCUCUUGCAGCUACUUACCAAGGACAUCAUCAGGCGGGUUCUCAUUUCGGAUCCUGCGAUUUUGGGCCUUUCUCCAUACCUAGCCCCGCGUGUACUGGCGGAAGGAUCCCUGGAAUGGGGGUGCAGCGUCUCGGACCACCAUCGAGAGGUCCUCCCCAUUGUAGUGGUACUGGUAAUACCCCAAAUGGAUCAACCAAGUCCAAGACGCGGAGGAGGGUCGCGACGAUAGCCCAGCGUCGUGCUGCGAACAUCCGCGAGCGGCGUCGGAUGUUCAACCUCAACUCGGCUUUCGACAAGCUGCGGAAGAAAGUACCUACUUUUGCGUACGAAAAGCGCCUGUCGCGAAUCGAGACUCUGAGGCUGGCCAUCAUGUACAUCGCUUUUAUGACGGAAGUGGUUCGUGGCGGUAAGGAUUCAGAUCCCCACCAUGGGCACCAUGACAUUCCAUUAGUACCACCCGGCGCCUAUACCCCUGCUCUUUCAGAUGGCCACAUUUGGACUCCACCCCACGGAGCAACGGCUUUGAAUGAGGGUCAUGGACAGAGACCAGACAGGCUGUCACACAUUUGUUCCCGACAAGUAUAGUCACCUUAAAACCAACUUUUCAUUGCUUACUUCGUGAGGGAAAGAUUGCUUUCAGAGUGCGUGCAAAGAGGAAGAUCUUGGAAUUCUAAGAAAUAAUAAUAUCCAUCAUCUUUGGUUAGUAUUUGCUAAGUAAAGGACAUAAGUUAAAUAAACUGCUAUGUUUCCAAGACGAUCAUGUGUGCAGUAUUAACAGUUGUAAACUUAAAAGCAUAUCAUAUUAUGAGACUCAUUUAAGCCUAUGUUUAUGAACAAAUUAUUGCAAGUUCAACCUUAAAAAAUGUGACUUAUUUCCGACAUAUGUAUUACUUUUCCUAUGUACAGACGAUACUGUCACUGAAUUUGCAACUGGCUUCAUCGUUUCAUCCUAGAUGGGUUUUUCUUUCAUUCCAUUUGUGAAACAUUUUAUUUUGUGUCAAUGUGCUUUUAGUUUUUCAGUUACAGGAUGUUUACACUGCUAAAUACCGAGCUAAAACAUUCAACUUUUGUAAAAUAAAAACAAAGUUUGAUUGACAUUAAGAAAUUAUACUUCUUUACAAUAAUAGAUGUGUUUCAUAGAAUAUUUGCAGAGUAUGAAGAUUUAUAAACUUUUCAAGCAUCUUCCAGAGCAACAAACGCAGCAAAGUCGAUAUUUAAAUAUACUCUUUGAUAAUGAGCUCAAAGCACAAGCUGAGAACAGAUGGUUUAGUUGCAUAAAAAAUUACAUAUUUUGAGGGAAUCUUUUAUGCAAUAUAAAAUAAAAUAAACUUUUUGAUAAAUCUGAAAUCAUCAAGAAUUUACAAAUAUUUUUUUUCUUCUCAAUGAAAUAAGUGAUGAUUUUUGUUGUAUUUUUCGAUUUGAAUAUUACAGAUUUGACUAUUCGUGCGUAUAAGAAAAUGUAGAAAUUUCAGAUGUUAAAUAUUUUACACUGUUUUCUUGCAAAGACAAAAUGUAAAACUGAGUCGUUUUUAUCAUGUAGAGUAAAACCUGCUGUAGGACUGAAGUUUUUUGUAAAGGAACAUGUUCUCUCCGAUGAAUUGUAUUGUGAAAAGGUGAGAAUAUUAUUUCUGAAUACUUCAUUUAAACUAUGCAUAGAAUAUUUGCUCUGAAGUGUGAUAAAUCAAAACUAUUUAAUAGUGAAGUAAGCAUAUGUAUAUAAAUCUCCCAUCUGAAAUUAUAUAGCUUAAUUUGUAUGAGUUAA